AUGAUAGUUGAACCAUUAGACGUAUGUGAAACAGUUUUGCACGAAAUAGAAUCAGGUGAAAGAGAAUUUGAUUUAACAUAUAAUGAUGAUCACCGAAAGAAUGAUUCAUUAUACAACUACUCUCAAAAUGACAACGUAGACAUUAAUACACCAACACAUCGAGAUAAUUUAAUCAAUAAAACUGUAAACAAGAAUGGCGAAGAUGUGUCACACCAUUUUAAUAACGUAAUCAAAACUAUAGAAAAUCAAGUAAACGAUAAAAAUACUGAUAUCAUACAAGAUCUGGAACUUUUAGAGAAAAGCCAAGGCGAACCAACAAAUGGAGACGACAAAAUGAGAGAUAUCUCUGAUGUCAACAUUGUAGACAACAUUAAUGUAGAAAAAGAUUUUAAUUUUGAAACCAACAAUUUUAAUUUAAGAAAUAGGCCACGUUUUGUGCCUAAAGGUAUGUCUCAAAUAUUUGAAAAUUGUCGCACAAAGACAGCGUGUGACUAUAAUUUAGAUGGAGAUUAUUAUGAAGAUAGCAUUUAUAACAAUUUCGUAAAUGACGUCCAAGUCAAUGCAGAAAUAUAUGAGCCAUUUAUACAAAACGUUGAAGAGCUUGCAACAAAAAAUAUUAACAAGUUUCAAACUAAAGUAAAGAAAGAUCAUGCAUCUUUAGUUUUUGAUGAGAAUUCACUAAAAACUGCUACGGUCCUCGGUCAAGUUGACUGUAAAUUUAUUGCAGCAGUAAUGGACGAUCGUGGUGUUCACCGAACAGAAGCUUCUCAAUAUCUUAUAUUAUUUGAUCAACACGCUGUUCAUGAGAGAAUCAGACUAGAAAAUAACUUAGCAGAUUAUAUUACUGAUGACAAAUGGAAUAGUGUCUCAGUAGAUAAUAUGAUUCUAAAGUUGUCAAAAGACGAAAUCCUUUACCUGCAUAACUACAAAGAUAAGUUCAAUCAGUUAGGAUUAUUCUGGACUAUUACAGAUAAUAAUGAAGUGAUAGUACAUUCUAUACCUGAAGCUAUUCUUGGCAAAAAUCCUAGAGAGUGUGGGAGAGCCAAAGCUUCGGCGCUAAUGGGUCGGCUCGACCGGAAUGAUACCACGCCCUCACAGAAAACCGGCGUGAAACAACUACAGCGUUGUGUAUCGCCUUAUGAUUGA